CUGUCUUUCACUAGUGGUUGUCAGGAAGACGCUAAGGCAGUUACGUCUAGUGCUUCAACAAUUGGAUUUUAUAACUGUGACAUAUAUGCCGUCAACUUUAAAACGCUUUUGGAUUUUCUCUUGGAUUAAUUGCUUACGAGUCUGACAAGCACGAUGUCUGCAAUAAUUCAUAGCAAUCACUGAUGCAGACUACGGACACAAGAAAGGUGAUAUCUGACAGACGUUGUUAGUCUUUAAAUCUCAAUAAUGGAAGAUCCGGCAGUGGUUACCGUUAUGAUGAUGCUAUCCUUGUUUUCUAUUUGCGGAACAAUCGGAAAUUCACUCGUUCUUUACAUCUAUUCACAUAAGAAGGAAAAGUCUACAGCGGGCAUUUUCAUUAUGAGCCUUGCAGGAACUGACCUUUUCACCUGUUUGUUCGUUAUGCCGUUCACAGAGGCUGUCGUGUACCUGAAUUACAUGGUUCGAUAUGACGUUGCAUGCAAGAUUUAUAUGUUCUUUAUCACAUGCAAUGUACCUUUCGCAGCUUUCAUAAUGGUUGCAAUUGCAAUUGACAGGUACUUUUGUAUCUGCCAUCCAUUUCUACAUGUGCUCAAUAUAUUUCGUGCAAAAGUUAUCGUGUCGUGCUUACUGCUGGUUGCAUCUACAUUUGGAGUCAUCACAUCUCUCUCAUACGGUGUGUACACCUACAAGCUGAUAGUGCCUGGUAAUGAAGCCCGCACAAAUGAAACUAAAGGUGUACAAUAUGGUCAUAAUGCAACAUCUAAUACCGCUGGCCAUUAUAAAUGUACCACGUGCUCAAAUGAACUGGAAAUGGAUGUAUGGGACUAUCAUGUAUUUAACAACAACAAAACAGAAAGGCAAGCAGGGUAUGAACUUUCCUUUACAGGAAUAUGUGCUCCUAAUUAUAUUCUUACUGGCCCAGAGUUUUUGAAUUUUUAUCAACGUGCGUACGCUGGGACAUACCUUCUAUCUUUUGCCGUCGUUUUCAUCCUAUAUGGCCUAAUAUACCGGUCAAUACACAAGCACCGAGCAAAUAGAAGCAAGAGAAAACGUUCCAGUCUGUAUCCGUCUGGUGUUGAUUUGAAAAACGCUGAAAAGCAGUUCACGGCGGUGACUCACGUAAAUCCUCACAGUGGCCGUCGGAGCGAUCCACGUCUUGAAAAUGGAGAUGGCGACGUUGACGUCGGAAAGCCUGUGGAGUUGCAGCCUAUGAGACCAACGGCAAAAAAUAUCACACGAUCAAUUUCAAUCAAGGAGAAAACGUUAUUUGCCAAUAUUAGGACGGCUGUCAUGUUGUGUGUUGUUACCGUUGUUUUUCUUGCUGCAUUUCUGCCUGCUUGGCUUAUGGGAUUACAAGCGAUAGGGUUCAACGCCGUGAUUUUUUACAUGUAUUUUGUAUAUCAUACUGCAAAUCCUUUUAUUUACGCAUUCAUGAACAAAUCAUUUAGAGACGACCUACGAAAGGUUCUCAAGUGCCAGAGUAUACCAAGGGUUCGUUGA